AUGGCCACCUACGAAAGUAAUAUUCUCACUGUCAAGUGGCUCGAACAAGAAACUUGCAAUGUAGCCAUUAAGAAACUCACGUUCAUGGCCAAGGCGUUCGGCUACUCGAUCAACAGCCCUAUCGCCACCUCUUCACUGUCUCUGAAUGAUUUCCACCAAGCCUACACCAUCGUCGCUGAUGACUUCUUUGCCAACCAGGUCAAGUACUCUCUCUGGUCAGCCGCCACGUCCUUUUCCCAGCUCACUCUACAUCAUGACCGCGAGGCGAUGAACAUUCCGCCUCCGGAUGUGUUAGGGUCCUAUUUGGCCACGGGGAACUCGAUCGAGUUGGGGGCGGGGAUCCUACAGAUGCUGUUUUUCCAUGUCGAGAACGCGGAGUAUGCCAAUUAUAGCAGGAUCGGCGCCUUUAUAGGCAACGGGAUCGGGUAA